UGGACAUCGGACGUGGAGUGGUCAGACAUCUCUCAACCUGCGCCUCCAUCGCUCCCGCAUCCUCCGACACCACAGCCUUCGAGUGUUAUAAAAAGAGUUCUAGACUUUUGGACGAAAAGAGUAAAUCAAGUCACUCAAGUUAGAAGCUUUGACGAUAUUUUAAAAAUCAACACUACACGAUGGCACCGCAACAAUCCAGCAGCCUUUCACUAGUCAUUCUCCUCGUCAUCUUCGCCGGCUGCGUCCUGGCUCAGCAUCCGCGCGUUCCCAUCGCUCCCUGCAGUGGUGCUCCCAUGACAGGCAAACUGUUGGAGGUGCGCGUCUCCAACUGCAACAACAACUUCCCUUGCAUCUUACAAAAAGGAACUCAAGUCACCGUCGAAUUCGACUACAUUCCAUCUGCUGCAACAAACCGCAUCACCACUGGAGCUACCGCUCGUCUUGGAGGUAUCCCGCUGCCGUUCGUCGGCACAAACAAUCAGCCAGCUUGCCCCAGGAUCGUAGCUAAACAAUCCAGGCAGGCCGUCGGCUGCACCACAAAGGCAGGAGAGGUCUACACCUACUCCAACACAUUCCCUAUUCUUCAGAUUUAUCCAGUGACAAGCGUCACGGUUCAGUGGGAACUGAUCGACAGCAACAGACAGAAAAUCACAUGCUUCACCAUUCCAGCAAGAAUUGUCUAAAAAAAAUUUGUUUUCAAUCUCAAACGACCGACAAUAUUUUUUUAAAAUUGCACUCAACCUUCUAUCUCAAAUGAUAUAUCGUCCGUAGAUUUCCUCACGUAGAUCGCCACUGCAAGCCAAAAGCUCUCCUCUAUUAUUCUUAAGCACAUUUUUUUACUAUGUACAGAGCACUAUAUAAUACAAUUUCUAUAUUUGAACGACAAAUACAGUAACCUACAUCUC